GAAAAGGAAAGCGAGAAAAACAGAAAACAAGAAGGUAUCUAAGUGAAGAUACGAGUGAAUCUAGCGACGACGGAAAUAGAAAGAACAAGGAGAACUCGUCAAGAAAGAAGAAGAAACGUAGUCCAGCAAGACCUUCCCAGAAUGAUGCUUCGGUAUCAGCAAAUUUAUCAGACACACAUAUGACAUUGCCACCUGUUCCGAACAGUCUCAACAUCAACACGUUUUUUUCUUCUCAAUCUUCAAAUGAAGUUAGCCACACCAGGCCAAGAAUCGAAUCUACUGAGAACGAAAGAUCCAAUUCCUUUGGUGACAGGAAUGGUGUUACGGAUGAGAUUAUGUCCUCUCCUGUUAUACCACGACAGCAGCUAGCCCUAGCUAGAAAAUCAAAUCCAUCACCAUCAGCUCCCACCAGCCCGGAAGUGGAUGCAAGAAAAAUAGGUGUUAUCUUGCAACGGGUGGAGGCGUUAGCUAGAGGCAUUGAAGUUGUGAAGGCUAAUCAGCGGGAGGUGCUAGACCUACUGACGUUGCUGUUGAAAAACAGUGCUCCACCCCAACCGGAUUUACCUUCCAUUACGGAAUUGUUUCAGCUGCCUAUGAAGACUUUACAGGAUGCGAGGAACUUGACAAAGCUACUGAAAAUUCAACAUAAUGCAUCUAAAAUGAAGACGUUCGUCAUUGGGAUAGGAGGGACUACGAAUUCCAUGGUUGGAAGGGUCAUGAAUUCAAUCAUGACCUACCGGUGUGGCAGUUGUUUCUGUUAUCUAGGCCUAAAUGAAGAUAAAGUGGCUUUCAAGUCAACCACUAUUUGUGAGAUUGUAAUUGAUGGAGUUCGUGAAGCACACAAUUCUUUGACAAGAGAUGCAGUUGAAGCGAAGAUAAAGAACUGGCUACGUCAUUGCCCAAGAUAUGCGUCGAAACAAACUGACGAUGGAAGCCAGAGUGGAGAAGACGAGGAACAAGAAGAAACCUACUAAACUAAAGACUAAUUUUUCAUUGUCUCUGCGAAGUAAUUUGACUAUUUCAUGUUUCUGUUGUAUAUGAAGAAUUAAAAUAAAUUUGAGUUUGUUUCCAAAA